GGAUUGACGCUCUUGAACAGUCAAUCCGAGGCAGCCGUUUCCGAAUGGCUUCCACUGAGCAUGUAACUUUGUUUUGAUUCUGUCAACUGAUGUUCUGUAGCUAGCUAGGUUAAGCUUUGCAAGUAAAAUCACAGACACACAAUUAGCAUUAUAACAUUUGCCCUUGACCAGCUACGAGUAUUUAAUCAGAUUCGUUUGCUAUCAAACUCGUGGAAGCUAACACAGCGCUGAUGAUGUCGUAAGGAGAGCUGUUAAGCAACUCAAGGAUGGAGAUUCAAGAGUCAUCCUGUUCCUCAGCAACACCAGAGAGAAGCUCCAACCCUCCAGAGCCAGUCAGGUCCUCGACCUCCAAACACAGGAAGUCACCAAAGAGACGACGGGAGGAGAAGAGGUCCCAAUGUCAUCAUCAGGAUGACCAGGAACACCUGUUGCUGCCCGACGGCGAGCCAGGCAGGUUGCCGGUCCAACACGAACUCUCCGAGCCCUCUGGGUCUUCUACGGCAGAGAUGGCAGAGACCUCCCCUAAGAGGUGCGUGUCUGAGCACUGCAGGAGAGCUCACUUUCUCCAUGGACCAUAUCCUGCUACUCACUUUGGACCCAAAGCCUGUAUUCUUCCUAACCCAACCUCAGUCAUGCACAUCCAGGAUCCGGCCAGUCAACGCCUGACGUGGAACAAACCCCCAGUCAACGUUCUGGUCAUCAGGAAGAUACGAGACGAGAGCCUGGUGGAACCAUUCAAAGAACUCUGCCACUUCCUCGUUGAGGAGAAGGGUAUGCUGGUGUUUGUGGAGAGGAGGGUGGUGGCUGACGUCUCCCUGACUACGGACGAGACCUUCACCUCAAUCCGAAAACAACUCUGCACCUUUAGAGAAGGUUAUGAUGACAUCUCUCACUGUAUUGACCUCAUCAUCUGUCUGGGAGGAGACGGGACUCUACUCUACGCCUCCUCUCUCUUCCAGGGCAGUGUUCCUCCAGUCAUGGCGUUCCAUCUGGGUUCUCUGGGUUUUCUGACACCGUUCAAGUUUGAAUCAUACAAGACAGAGGUGGCUAAAGUUUUUGAAGGUAAUGCAGCCAUCACGCUGCGUAGUCGUCUGAAGGUGAAAGUGGUGAAGGACAUGCUCCAGAGGACAGGCCAGCCAGGCCAGCAGCAGUACCAGGGGUCUGGGGGCCAAGGCCAAGCUGGGGGCCAGCCGGACACAGAGCCCAAUGGCCUGCUGCCCCAUGGACACACCAACAGCGAGGCUGGGAACAUUACCCUACAGAUGCAGGUUCUGAAUGAGGUGGUGGUGGACCGAGGCCCUUCCUCCUACCUGUCUAAUGUUGACCUGUACCUAGAUGGACGCCUCAUCACCUCUGUACAGGGAGACGGUGUGAUCGUGUCGACUCCUACAGGCAGUACAGCGUAUGCAGCAGCAGCGGGAGCUUCAAUGAUCCAUCCUAAUGUCCCGGCCAUCAUGGUCACACCGAUCUGCCCACACUCCCUCUCCUUCAGACCCAUAGUGGUGCCUGCUGGGGUCGAGCUGAUGAUCACCCUCUCCCCUGAUGCCAGGAACACUUGCUGGGUGUCGUUCGACGGCAGGAAGAGACAGGAGAUCAGCCAUGGAGACUGUAUAAAGAUCACUACGUCGUGCUAUCCGGUACCAUCCAUCUGUUGUCAUGAUCUGGUGUAUGACUGGUUUGAGAGUCUGGCUCAGUGUCUGCACUGGAACGUCAGAAAGAAACAAGCUCGUCUGGCUGACGAUGUCUCGGACUCCUCAGAUACAGAGAACUGAACACAGACAGACACAUAAAUGUGCACAGGAAUUGAAAACACACAAGCACACAUAAGAAUAUAUACAUUUGAAGUCGGAAGUUUACGUACACUUAGGUUGGAGUCAUUAAAACUCGUUUUUCAACCACUCCACAAAUUUCUUGUUAACACACUAUAGUUUUGGCAAGUCGGUUAGGACAUCUACUUUGUGCAUGACACAAGUCAUUUUUCCAACAAUUGUCUACAGACAGAUUAUUUCACAUUUAAUUCAUUGUAUUACAAUUCCAGUGGGUCAGAAGUUUACAUACACUAAGUUGACUGUGCCUUUAAACAGCUUGGAAUAUUCCUGAAAAUGAUGUCAUGGCUUUAGACGCUUCUGAUAGGCUAAUUGACAUCCUUUGAGUCAAUUGGAGGUGUACCUGUGUGGAUGUAUUUCAAGGCCUACCUUCAAACUCAGUGCCUCUGUUUGACAUCAUGGGAAAAUCAAAAUAAAUCAGCUAAGACCUCAGAAAAAUAAUUGUAGACCUCCACAAGUCUGGUUCAUCCUUUGGAGCAAUUUCCAAACGCCUGAAGGUACCACGUUCAUCUGUACAUACAAUAGUACGCACGUAUAAACACCAUGGGACCACGCAGCCGUCAUACCGCUCAGGAAGGAGACACGUUCUGUCUCCUAGAGAUGAACGUACUUUGGUGCGAAAAGUGCAUAUCAAUCCCAGAACAACAGCAAAGGACCUUGGGAUGAUGCUGGAGGAAACGGUACAAAAGUAUCUAUAUCUACAGUAAAACGAGUCCUAUAUCGACAUAACCUGAAAGACCGCUCGGCAAGGAAGAAGCCACUGCUGCAAAACCGCCAUAAAAAAGCCAGACUACGGUUUGCAACUGCACAUGGGGACAAAGAUCAUACUAUUUGGAGAAAUGUCCUCUCGUCUGCCAAAACAAAAAUAGAACUGUUUGGCCAUAAUGACCAUCGUUAUGUUUGGAGGAAAAAGGGGAGGCUUAUUAGCCGAAGAACACCAUCCCAACCGUGAAGCAUGGGGGUGGCAGCAUCAUCUUGUGGGGGUGCUUUGCUGCAGGAAGGACUGGAGCACUUCACAAAAUAGAUGGCAUCAUGAGGAAAGAAAAUUAUGUGGAUAUAUUGAUGCAAAAUCUCAAGACAUCAUUCAGGAAGUUAAAGCUUGGUCGCUAAUGGUUCUUCCAAAUAUACAAUGACUCCAAGUAUACUUCCAAAGUUGUGGCAAAAUGGCUUAAGGACAACAAAGUCAAGGUAUUGGAGUGGCCGUCACAAAGCCCUGACCUCAAUCCUAUAGAAAAUGUGUGGGCAGAACUGAAAAAGCGUGUGCGAGCAAGGAGGCCUACAAACCUGACUCCGUUACAUCAGCUCUGUCAGGAGCAAUGGGCCAAAAUUCACUCAACUUAUUGUGGGAAGCUUGUGGAAAGCUACCCGGAAUGGUUGACCCAAGUUAAACAAUUUAAAGGCAAUGCUACCAAAUACUAAUUGAGUGAAUGUAAACUUCUGACCCAAUGGGAAUGUGAUGAAAGAAAUACAAGCGGAAAUCAUUCUCUCUACUAUUAUUCUGACAGUUCACAUUCUUAAAAUAAAGUGGUGAUCUUAACUGACUUAAGAAAGGGAAUAUUUACUAGGACUAAAUGUCAGGAAUUGUGAAAAACUGAGUUUAAAUGUAUUUGGCUAAGGUGUAUGUAAACUUCCGACUUCAACUGUGUGUUAUGUUAUAUUUUACACAUAGUAUUGUCAGGGAAUUAUACUAGAAAUCAGUCAUAUUCAUGUUAAACAGGUUAUGAUGCUAACUGACUGAUUUUUCUGGGCCCCCUGGCUGGAUGAUUUAGUUAACAUUUAGUAUUAUGGUCCUAAUCAUCACUCUGUUUUAGUGUGCAUCUCAAUCAGUUACAUUCCAAAUAUUCUGCUUGUCCCUAUAGAUGGCUACAGGCCACACAGCUGAUCUGGGAGAAUGAUGAGUGGUUAAGUCCCAAAUGGCGCCCUAUUCAAUAUACAGUGCACUACUUUUGACCAGAUUCCUAUGGGUCCUGGUAAAAAGUAGUGCGCUGUUAAAAAUGCUAUUGCAACCUUUGCAAUAAGGAAUUGAAACCAAAAGCUCAAGAGAAGUUUCAAGUGUUUAAUACCAAGGAUACAGUCAGCUGAGUGCAUCCAUUUUAGAAAGCUCACAACACAUUUUAUACUCUUCCCUUGUAGGCGUCACCUCCCCAGCUGUACAUUUUAUGACCCCAAUGAGUUUCCCUCCUUUCCCUUGUGGAAUGUCCAUGGUCCUCUCUUUGUUUAGCUAUAUUUCAGAAUCACACGCCGUCCAUCUUCUGUUCUGAUCUCUGAUCAAAGGCAAUUUCCUCUUCUCUGAUUAGGUCAACAUUUCUAAAUUUUGCAUACACACAGUGUCAUGGCCUGAACUCCAUUAAUGCAAUGAGAGAAAUUCCUGUUCUUCCGUACACUGCAGCAUGGCUAGAUAGUGACUAGUGUUGAGAAUCUCACCAUAGUGAGCUGAUGACCACUAGGAGGAUCCGCUGUAAAAUUCGUAAUACACUUGAGUGUACAAAACAUUAUGAACACCUGCUCUUUCCAUGACAGACUGACCAGGUGAAUCCAGGUGAAAGAUAUGAUCCCUUAUUGAUGUCACUUGUUAAAUCCACUUUAAUCAGUGUAGAUGAAGGGGAGGAGACGGGUUAAAGAAGGAUUUAACUUGAUAUUAGGAAUGUGUUCCUGAUCAUAUUUACUCAGUGUAUUUUUCUCCAUUUCUUUGUGGUGGACUAGAGUUGAAUCUCAAACGACUUCAAUGAUCCCUGAAAAGCUGUAGUGCAAUAAUCAGUCAAACUGUAGUCUGUCCAAUAUCCCUCAAAAGCUGUAGUCUGUCCAAUAUCCCUCAAAAGCUGUAGUCUGUCCAAUAUCCCUCAAAAGCUGUAGUCUGUCCAAUAUCCCUCAAAAGCUGUAGUCUGUCCAAUAUCCCUCAAAAGUUGUAGUCAAAAGCUGUUGAUUAAUUAUUAUUUGAGUGUCUUUCUUAAUAACCUCCUGAUGUUAAUUCUGUCAGGGUUGUGAUCAAUUCCAUUUCAAUUCAGAAAGUAAACCCAGUUCCACAUUUUCCUCAUUGAAAAACAUGGGCUGGAAUUGGAAUUUGUUGGACUUGUUGGAUUGACUGGAAUCUGACCCCAACCCUGGUCUCUACAUAACAGAGUAGGUCUUCUGUCGUCAGGGCUAGUCAGACACUGCACAACAUACAGAAAAUGAAGGCCCAUAAUGUUGAAGUUUUGUAAGUUAUUAGUAUUUUACCUGACCACUUGUGUAAUAUUUGUAUAUUCUGGUCGUAGGGUUUCAAAACUAUUUCAACAAGACAAAUGUUUUAAUAAGCCUUAUGACGGAUCAAACAAAUCAUCUCCGAUUUCAUUCAGUGUUCAUCUGUAGACCAAUUAUUUAAUAUUUAUUCUGUACAUAGAUAUUAUAGUCAAUCACCACAUUCAAUAUAUUCCUAUUUACAUAUAGAGCCUCUAGUUUAAAGGAGAUCUUAUGCUUAGUAUGUUUUAAUGGUUGUCUAUAUUUCAUACACGAAGAGGGCAGUUUCCUGAAUAUUUAAAGGGUCAAUCUGCAGUUGCUAGAUUCAUUUUUGGACAUAUAAAGUAAUGAUAUAGUACCAUUAAUUCUUGAAGAAUAUGGCUUAAAAAUGCCUCAGGAGCUUAGUUCCACUGUUUUACCCCAUCAGAACCCAAAAUAUAAGUUUGUUUUACUCCAAUGUUUGUAAACAAAGUAAACAAAACAGUUUUUAUAUCCUAAUGACAUGGUGAAAACUUCAAUUUUGAUGUCAUGGAUGGUCAGUCCCUGCAUCCAUAUCUCUAGGAAUCUGAGUGAUUACAUUUCUUCAGCUCAACCCUCCGCUUUUUACCGAAACGGGUGGAGAAAAACACUUUGUUUUUGUUUCAACUGCUUAAUUGGCCCUUUAAAGGAGCUAAGAUGGAGGAAAUAAUUAUGGCCCUUUAUGGUUGGUUACAAGCGUUUCCCAUGUUAUUAAUGAGAUUGUCCCUAACACGCAGAUGUGUUAUUGAGGGGUGAAUUUUUGUGUUGAAAUAAAGUAUUUUGUGUGCAUCACAGGUACACUGUAUGGCCAAAAGUAUGUGGACAAUCCUUUAAAUUAGUGGAUUUGGCUAUUUCAGCCACAGAACGGGUGUAUAAAAUCGAGCACACAGCCAUGCAAUCUCCAUAGACAAACAUUGGCAGUAGAAUGGCCUUACUGAAGAGCUCAGUGACUUUCAACGUGGCACCCUCACCUCAUAGGAUGACACCUUUCCAACAAGUCAGUUAGUCAAAUUUCUCCCCGGUUAACUGUAAGUGCUGUUAGUGUGAAGUGGAAACGUCUAGGAGCAGCAACAGCUCAGCCGUGAAGUGGUAGGCCACACAAGCUCACAGAACGGGACCGCCAAGUGAUGAAGCGUGUAAAAAUCGUCUGUCCUCGGUUGCAACAUUCACUACCGAGUUCCAAACUGCCUCUGGAAGCAGCAACAGCACAAUAACUAUUUGUCGGGAGCUUAAUGAAAUGGGUUUCCAUUGCCGAGCAGCCGCAUACAGAUCACCAUGCGCAAUGCCAAGUGUCAGCUUUAGUGGUGUAAACCUCGCCACCAAUGGACUUUGGAGAAGUGGAAACGUGUUCUCUGGAGUGAUGAAUUACGCUUCACCAUCUGGUAGUCCGACGGAGAAAUCUGGGUUUGGCGGAUACCAGGAGAACGCUACCUGCCCCAAGGCAUAGUGCCAACUAAAGUUUGGUGGAGGAGGAAUAAUGGUCUGUGGCUGUUUUUCAUGGUUCGGGCUAGGCUCAAAUGUUCCAGUGAAGGGAAAUCUUAACGCUACAGCAUAUAAUGACAUUCUAGAUGAUUCUGUUCCCAACUUUGCGGCAGCAGUUUGGGGAAUCCUCUUUCCUGUUUCAGCAUGACAAUGCCCCCGUGCACAAAGCGAGGUCAAUACAGAAAUGGUUUGUCAAGAUCGGUGUGGAAUAACUUGACUGGCCUGCGUAGAACCCUGACCUCAACCCUAUCGAACACCUUUGGGAUGAACUGGAACGCCGACUGCGAGCCAGGCCUAAUCGCCCAACAUCAGUGCCCGACCUCACUAAUGCUCUUGUGGCUGAAUGGAAGAAAGUCCUCAGAACAAUGUUCCAACAUCUAGUGAAAAGUCUUCCCAGAAGAGUGGAGGCUGUUAUAGCAGCAAAGGGGGGAACCAAUUCUAUAUUAAUGCCCAUGAUUUUGGAAUGAGAUGUUCGAAUAGCAGGGGUCCACAUACUUUUGGUCAUAGUGUAGACAUCUAUGGUUUUGUUUUAAGAUUUGGACUGGUGUGGACCAACCAAAUGUGGUCUUGUUUUGAGGCAGAGCUCAUUAAAACAAGGUUAUUACAUA